UAGUGCGUUACAUGAACGCGCUAAACAUAAAUGAUGCUGAUUGGUCGUAUUACUUUACCGAGAUUCCGUUUUCCGAAAUUUCGACUAUCAUAUAGAAACAUCCUUAUGGCCAAUUUGUUCAUUUCUAGAUCAUUUUAUCUAUCAGAUAUCUUCCAGAUAUCUCAUAGAUAAAGUUAUCAGUAACUUAUCUAGAAGUGAAGAAAUUAGUCAUUAUUCGACUCUAGAAUUUGAACCUCUGGUUCUACUGGUAAGAAGUAGUUCGGACCGUUUGAAGCCAGUCUUCCUCCACUGAGAAAGUUCAAGAAAUAGAAAAAACAAAAGCUAGCAGAGUCUACAGUCUUUUUGAUUUCAAUAGUGAAUUUUUCAUCCAAUUUUGUGUAAAUGUGUAAAAAAACUAAUUAAUAAAAUACGAAAUAGAGCAACGCUGUGUAUUCCAAUUUCGUUCGAAUAAACGAGGAACAUUGUGACGUGGAAUAAUCGAGAUUACGUCAGUCUUAUCCUACAUUGUACCGUUAACGUUAUAAAAUGGCUAAGUCAGAAAUUAACAUGUUACAAGAGUUGUCGGUUAAACAAGGAUUUAUGCCUAUUUAUAAUUUUUCCGAAAAAAAUAUUAGUUACAAGAAGCAAUUUAUAUGUAACGUGGCUUGUAAAAAAUUUAUGGCACAUGGUACAGGGAAUACAAAAAAAGAAGCCAAGCAUAAUGCUGCAAGAAACAUGCUGUCAAUGUUGGCCACAAAUUAUAAUGAUAAUGAUAAUGAUAAUGAUGUUUCGUUACCAACAGUUACUUCAUCAGUAGUUACUCCACUAGCAGAUACUUCACCAGUAGUUACUCCACUAGCAGAUACUUCACCAGAAGUUACAAACAUAUCACAAGACUCUGUAAAAGUCUGCAACACAUCUCCAAAUGAAUACAUCUCAAAUGAACAAUUCACUGUUGAACAUAAUUACAUUGGAAUGUUGCAAGAGUUCUGCCAACAACGAAAAAUGUCAACGAAAGACAUUCGGUACGAACUUGUUUAUGACGAAGGAUUAGCUCACAUGAAAACAUUUACUAUGAAAGUCAGUUUGGGAUCAUUAUGUGAAAGAGGCACGGCACAGUGUAAGAAGUCUGCUAAACAAGAAGCUGCAAAAAAAAUGCUACUAUAUCUUAAUCCAAACGCAAUAGCUAAUAAAAACAUAGACAUACAUAAGAUCAAUGAUAAGGAGACACUUGAGAAUAAUAUACGAGAAUUCGGUACAAAAAUAUUAGAUUGCAUUAACAUUAACAAAGAUACUUCAUCAGAGGAAAAGUUAUCGGAAGAUGCAAAGUCGAUCUAUCUGAAAUAUAGUAAAAGAACUAAUGUAAUUAAUCAAGAAAUCAAUCCCUUAUCAGUCAAGGACUUCCAUAUGUUAUUUGAGAAGAAUUACUCUAAUAAAAUUACAUACUGUAUGAAACAAAAAAUGCAAAUUAUAAUGGACAGAUACGCCGAUGAUCCACAUAAGAUGCACAGUAUCAGACAAGAUAUAGAAGAAGUAUUAAAAGUUAAGAUACAACAAGUCAUUGCAUAUAGCAAAUCACAGAACUACUUGAUAGGCUUACGCUUGUUGUCCAAUCCUUGUAUUACGCAAUUCGGCAUAGGUUAUUGGCCAGGCGACCCAAGGGUUGAAACUAGGCCAUUGAGAUCCAGAGCCUGUAGUGUGAUUACAACUUUAGGGCAUAGCAGUUCCAGUGAUGCAGUCACUGCAGUCCAAUGCACCGACAAAGAACUAUCAACUUUUUACGCACUUUCAACUAUUUCUAGCCACGUUCAGAGAUGUUACCCUGGUACCCCCGUAUAUCAUCCUAUCUUUGUUUAACAUUGGGUGAACAAGGAUAAAAUCGAUACACUCGGGAAUACAUCACGAAUAACUUGUAAAAAUGUCAGACGUACGUAUUCUGGGUAAACGAUUAGCGCAACGCAUCGGUCAGGAGGC